AUGUCUGAUAUGCUCUGUAGUGGCAUACCUGCCCUCAUCCUUUUCCCAUACACCCACUGUCAGAUUGGCGAUCUAGGCUUAGCCACCUUUAAGACUGCCUCUCAUGCGGAGAGCGUCAUAGGAACCCCCGAGUUCAUGGCCCCCGAAAUGUACGAAGAAAAAUACACAGAGAAGGUCGAUAUCUAUGCGUUCGGCAUGUGUGUACUGGAGAUGUUUACGCGUGAGUAUCCUUACUCAGAGUGUACGAAUGCCGCUCAGAUAUAUAAAAAG